AUGGCUUCGCAAUCGGCUAUCCAAGAAUCGCUGCUGUCGUACAAGACCACCAGCACCGUGGACGAUUUCCAUAGUGGUGGGGAUGGCAUCGGGCUCGCUCUAGUCAAGGCCGUCGUGGAGUUUGGUGGCCAUGUUGCAGUGAUUGACUAUCGUGAGGUGCCUCACCUUGAUCUGCGCGAGAUUCAAGGCUUGCACAAGGAGAGUCGGGUGAAGUAUUUCAGGGUCGAUAUCACCAACGAGAUGCUGGUAACCAAAGCAUUUGAUGGAAUUUUAGCAGAGUUUGGGAGGGUUGAUGGCGUGAUAGCGUGUGCAGGUAUCUGCGUCGAAAAGGCCUUUGUCGAUCAUACAUGGGAAGAGGUGGUUCGGCUCCAGAUGGUCAAUAGCGUUGGACUCUUCUUCACCGUGCAGUUAGCGGUGAAGGCGAUGCUCAAAAAUCAGCCCACCUCUGAUGACUUCGCCCCGAAGGGUAGCGUUAUUCUCAUCGGGAGUAUCGCGACGGAAAGUGGCGUCGAGAGCCAGGGAUUGACAGCUUACUCGGCAUCCAAAGGAGCGGCUAAUGGGUUGCUUCGUGGUUUGGCUGUUGAACUAGCACCGAAGGGCAUUCGCGUAAACAUGAUCUCCCCCGGGCACACUAUCACCGACAUGUCGGUCAGUCAAUUCACGAAUCGCCCGGAGUUGGCUACGAUCAUGCGGAAUGCUGUUCCUAUGGGACGGAUGGGCGAUCGCAGGGAUCUCAAGGGUGCUGCCAUUUAUUUCCUGUCGGAUGCAUCGUUGUAUACCACUGGAAGCAAUCUAGUCAUCAGCGGCGGGCUCCACGCUGGAAGAUUGUGA